AUGAGGAAUAUUGGAAAUCAACCUACAAUAACUGAAUUAAUUGAAAAUACAGUCCCACAUAUUUCAAAGUUUUUCUGGAAAACUAGUGAAGGGAGAAAUUUGAAACUUUUUGCAUGUAAAGAGAAAGGUGAGAGACUCAUUUUCCCAAAAUUUAAAAUUUUUCCAGUGGAAAACAGCAACAUGGGGAAUAUUGGAAAUCAACUUACAAUAACUGAAUUAAUUGAAAAUACAGUCUCACAUAUUUCAAAAUUUUCCUGGAAAACUAGUGAAGGGAAAAUUUUGAAACUUUUUGCAUGUAAAGGAGAAGGUAUAAGAAGCUUAUUUUCCCAAAAUUUCAAAUUUUUCCAGUAGAAAACAGCAACAUGAAAAAUAUUAGAAAUCAACCUACAAAAACUGAAUUAGUGGAAAAUACAGUCUCACAUACUUCAAAGUUUUCCUGGAAAACUAGUGAAGGGAGAAAUUUGAAACUUUUUGCAUGUAAAGAAGAAGGUGAGAAGCUCAUUUUCCCAAAAUUUUAAAUUUUUUCAGUGGAAAACAGCAACAUGAGGAAUAUUGGAAAUCAACCUACAAUAACUGAAUUAAUUGAAAAUACAGUCUCACAUAUUUCAAAAUUUUCCUGGAAAACUAGUAAAGGGAAAAUUUUGAAACUUUUUGCAUGUAAAGAGGAAGGUGAG